AUGGAAUCAAAUGGAACGCGCAAAGGGCCGCUGCCUGGAGGUCGCCAGGGCGCGUCUGGAGCUGGCGCUGGACGCGACAGCAUGCGAACCGCCAGCCGAGCGCGAGGUGCUGCACGACCACCCAGCAGCUCCUCGCAUCCAUCAUCCCCACCAGCUGGCUUGGUGUCGGCAGGGUCUUCGCGGGCUCAGCAAUCGGCACCCGCCACUGGUGGAGUACGCCGCAUGCGUUGGACAACCCAGAUGAACAGCAACGCAUUGCGGGCGUAUUUUAGGGCGAAAGGGGGAGAAACUGGAGGUUUUGCGUAUCGGGCAAGGAUGCAUCGACUUUUUGCUGAGCUGGAGCCAUCUGUAACCGUCACCGAGCAAAACCUGGCAGACCGAGUUCGGUAUAUCUUGCGCUCAAAUACAUUUGAUGUCACCGAACUCGAACGGCUACGACGUGAGGCUGUUCCUUCAUCGGGUGAAAAUGCUGCGGCUGAGGAUGCGGCGCCACAACUUGCUGAGCAAACGGCAAAUGUGGAUGCCGCCGUGAAUACGCCAGUUGUGGUUGAUUCAAACGAUGAUGGAACAGUCGCCCAGGAACUGGAACUAGAGCAAAUGAGGAGUACAUUGGAAGAGGCGAUUGUGGAAACGCGCAGUACGACUCUCGAAAAUCGACCGCGACUUCCCCGCUUAGCCCUAAGCAAGCGGAAUCGGGCUGUCGUGAGGGCUCUGAACCCAAUGCUGGUUACCUAUUUGGAAGCCAGCCGGGACCUUUGCGAUACGGACUCAAUUCUUUUUGGCGCCGCACUGGCAGUCUGCCGUAUUAUAGGUGCCAAACUUUCCACGGCUGGACGCGCUACUGGACAAAGUAGUGCUAUCCCAGCCUGGAGAAUAAGAAUUGAAGAACGUAUCGCAAAGGCUAGGGCCCUCAUCGGCAGACUGAUAUGCUUCAGGUCAGGCAAUACCAGGCCAAGGAUUGUGCGCACCGUCAGGAUGGCGUUUGCUGGGACAAAUGUUAGUUUGUCCCAGCCGGAUAUAAUGCAAAAACUGACGGAGCGCAUAGACGACCUGAAGCAAAGAAUAGCUGCUUGGGGAAAGCGGAUUCGGCGAUAUACCGAGAGGUCGACACGGUUCAACCAGAAUCGUCUCUUCCAGAGUGAUCAGAAGAGGCUCUAUAAAUCAUUGGAGCGACCAAUAGUAAGUGGAACGGGCCCUGCACCAAAUCAGGCCGACAUGGUCGCAUUCUGGCGCAGCCUGUGGUCAGAGCCCGUAAACCACAACGAGGGCCCUUGGACGGAAGUUGUGGCGAGUCAGUGUGCGAGUAUUACGCCCAUGGACCCCGUCAUCAUAACGCCGGAUGACGUAGCUGAGGCGGUCCGUAGGGCCCCGAACUGGAAAAGUCCGGGGCUUGACGGGCUGCAUCACUACUGGCUGAAGGGGUUCAUGGUGUGUCACUCUGUGCUCGCCCGACAGUUUCAAGAGGCUCUCAACCAGAAGUCGCUCCCAAGCCUCUUCACUACUGGGAUCACUCAUUUGGUUCCUAAAGAUCAGGGUGCCACAGACCCGAGCAAAUACCGCCCCAUCACGUGGCCGCUGCCUGGAGGUCGCCAGGGCGCGUCUGGAGCUGGCGCUGGACGCGACAGCAUGCGGGCCGCCAGCCGAGCGCGGGGUGUUGCAAGACCACCUAGCAGCCCCCCGCAUCCAUCAUCCCCACCAGAAGGCUUGGUGUCGGCUGGGUCUUCUCGGACUCAGCAAGCGGCACCCGCCGCUGGUGGAGCACGUCGCAUGCGUUGGUCUAAAUCAAUGAAUGAAAACGCACUGCGGGCGUAUUUUAGGGCAAAAGGGGAAGAAACUGGAUGUUUGGCGUAUCGGGCUCGGAUGCAUCGCUUUUUUGCAGAGCUGGAGCCAUCUCUAUCCGUCACUGAGCAAAACCUGGCAGACCGAGUUAGGUACAUCCUGCGCUCCAACAUAUUUGGUGACGCCGAACUCGAGCGACUACGACGUGAGGCUAUUCCUUCAUCGAAUGGAAAUGCUACGGCUGGGAAUGCGGCGCCACUAGAUGCGCAACAAACUGCAUAUGUGGAUGCUGCCGUCAACAUUCCAUUUGUGGCUAAUUCAGACGAUGAUGGAAUAGUCUCCCACGAACUAGAGAAAAUGAGGAGCAUAUUGGAAGAGUCGAUGCUGGAAACGCGCAGCAUGCCUCUCGAAAAUCGACCGCGACUUCCCCGCAUACCCCUUAGCAAGCGAAAUCGGGCUGUCGUACGGGCUCUUAACCCAAUGCUGGUGACCUAUUUGGAAGCCAGCCGGGACCUUUGCGAGACGGAUUCAAUUCUUUUUGGCGCCGCACUGGCAGUAUGCCGUAUUAUUGGCGCCAAACUUCCCGUGGCUGGACGUGCUACUCAAAAAAGUAGCGCCAUCCCAGCCUGGAGAAAAAGAAUUGAGGACCGUAUCGCAAAGGCAAGGGCCCUUAUCGGCAGACUGACAAGCUUCAGGUCGGGUAAUAAUAGACCGAGGAUUAUGCGCACCGUUAGGAUGGCGUUUGCUGGGACAAAUAUCAGUUUGUUCCAGCCGGAUAUCACGCAAAAACUAACGGAGCGCAUAGAUGACCUGAAGCAAAAAAUCGCUGCUUGGGGGAAGCGGAUUCGACGAUUUAGCGAGAGGUCAAGGCGGUUCAACCAGAAUCGUCUCUUCCAGAGUGAUCAGAAGAGGCUCUAUAAAUCAUUGGAGCGACCAGAGGUAUGUGGAGCGGGCCCAGGACCGGAUCAGGCGGACACUGUCGCAUUUUGGCGUGGCCUGUGGUCAGAGCCCGUAAACCACAGCGAGGGCCCUUGGAUGGAAGUUGUGGCGAGCCAGAGUGCAAGUGUUACGCCUAUGGACCCCGUCACCAUAACGCCUGAAGACGUGGCUGAGGCGAUCCGUAGGGCCCCGAACUGGAAAAGUCCGGGGCUCGACGGGCUGCAUCAUUACUGGCUGAAGGGGUUCGUAGUGUGUCACGCUGUGCUCGCCCGACAGUUUCAAGAGGCUCUCAACCAGAAGUCGCUCCCGAGCCUCUUCACUACUGGGAUCACUCAUUUGGUUCCUAAAGAUCAGGAUACCACAGACCCGAGCAAAUACCGCCCCAUCACUUUCAAUCAGCUGAACGACACGAGGAGAGAUCUCACACAGUUAAUAAACCUGUGGAGGAAUACAAAAAACAAUAUUAAAAAGAGGGACUUCGAAUAUAGGCGCAAUUGUAAUGCAACUGGUGGAGGCCCUCGCCCGCCUAGUCCCACCUCUAGAAGAUGUGCAAAUAAUGCAAAUAUUUCCUGCUGUGUUUGA